AUGGCUGCAAAACCUUUUCAAAUCACAGUUGAGGAAUUCAGACUUUUCCAUACGAUUGACCGAGCACUUUAUUCUCUCCUUGUUGUUGAGCUUCGGCGUGAUCCUCUGGAGUCAAUGCAGACAUUGGCAUUGUGGAUUUGGUUGGAGCGAACACGUUUCAACGAUAUUAUCAGGAAGAUCUUGUCCUUACCUCAAUUUUUGAUUAAUGAACUUGCUGAUGAGGCUAUAACCUGCCUCAAAUGCAUUGAGGACAACCGGUUCCUGCUCUCAACUGAGACAGGUGAGAUUCCGCUAACUCAAAGUCUCAUGGCAAAAGAGUUCUCCCUCCUGUUUUUCCAUGAAAAUCGGGACAGUGCCACCAGUGGGAUUAGGAAGAUUGUUACUGAGGUUUGUCUCAAGGCAUUGACAGAUAUCAUGGAGAAAGCCUUGAAGAGAAGUUCUGAACAAACUUUGACGGAAAGCAAAUUGGCGAUGGUGGCACCUCUUGCUGAGUCAUUCUUGAUAGAAAGAAUUGCUCAAUUGGGACUUGGGUGUGACGCGUCUCCUAAGAGGAUGAAAGGACACGGCGUACCAUGUGAAGAACGGACCAUGUUUGUUACUUUUUCCAAGGGAUACCCUGUUGCUGAAGUUGAAAUCAGGGAAUUCUUCACUAGGAUUUUUGGAGACUGCAUAGAGUGCAUUCACAUGCAGGAGGUGAAGUCCCAUGAACAAGCUCUUUAUGCUCGAAUCGUGUUUGUUACGCCUGCAAUUAUAGAUUUUAUUCUCAAUGAUCUGCCUAAAGCUAAGUUUACUAUCAACGGUAAGCAUGUGUGGAUGCGAAAAUUUGUCCCGAAAAAUGGAAACUCUUCCCUCGCAUACAUGCUGCCUCAGAAUCCGCCUGAAACUAUUUAG